GAAAAUGAAAUUCUUCGUGUGUGCCCUUCUCUACCUGGCGGCCUCGGCCUCGGCCUCCGCCCGCGACAAGCGUGGAAUCUACGGCGAGCCCGGAGGUCUGCUGUCCCCCCUGAGCGCUCCUUCUCUCCACUCAGCGCCGAUCCUGAGCGCUCACUCCCUCGACUCAGCGCCGCUCCUGAGCGCUCAUUCACCGCUGCUAAGCCACAGGCCGCUGUUGAGCGCGCACUCGCUGUCUCCGUACGCUAGCGCCCAUUUACACCCCGCGCCUCUGCUGUCGUCAUCCCUCCAUUCUGCGCCUCUGCUAUCCUCUCACUCGCUCCAAUCUGCUCCUCUGCUCUCCACCCACUCCCUACACUCUGCCCCUCUUCUCUCCGCUCAUUCUGCUCCUCUUCUCUCCUCUCACUCUCUCCAUUCUGCCCCUCUCCUCUCCGCUCAUUCUGCUCCUCUUCUCUCCUCUCACUCUCUCCACUCUGCCCCUCUCCUCUCCGCUCAUUCUGCUCCUCUUCUCUCCUCUCACUCUCUCCACUCUGCCCCUCUCCUCUCCGCUCAUUCUGCUCCUAUACUCUCCUCUCACUCUCUCCACUCUGCCCCUCUCCUAUCCUCCCACUCUCUCCACUCCGCUCCUCUGCUCUCCCACUCCGCUCCUCUGAUCUCCCACUCCGCUCCCUUGCUCUCUUCCCCCUCCCUCCACUCAGCUCCUCUGCUAUCUUCCCAAUCCCUCCACUCAGCUCCUCUGCUAUCUUCCCACUCCCUCCACUCCGCCCCUCUCCUCUCCGCGCACUCCGCGCCCCUGUCCCUGCACGCACCCCUACACUCCGCCAAACUGAUCGCUACCCCGAGGUACGCCGCUGGGUGGUGGUAAACUAAACUUAUACCAAAUAAAAAGCUU